AAGAAAAGUAUAAAAAAGAAGAAAAAGUUUUUGAGUUCUCAGUUUUAUACCAAGUCUUUCUUUCUUUCUCUCUUCUCUGAAAGUUUCUUCAUCUCUUAAUUACUACUCAACAACCCACCCUUUGUCACUGUAUAUCCGGCUUUCUGUUCAUCAGCUUUUCAAGGAGCUUGUAUUUUCAAGACAAGUAAGUUAAAAUGGGUUGCUUUGGUUGUUGCGGGGAAGAGGAAUUCCAUAAAGCUUCUGAUGGAGGAGCUCCUUUCAUGGCAAAUAACGCAACACAUAAUAAUGGAGGUCACCGUACCACAGGCCCUGCACGUAUAGAUGCUCCUGCUGUAAAAGUUCAGCCAAUUGAAGUUCCCUCGGUUUCAGUAGAUGAACUCAAGGAUGUGACUGAUAACUUCGGGACAAAGUCUUUAAUUGGAGAGGGUUCAUACGGGAGAGUAUAUUAUGGAGUUUUGAGGAGUGGGAGGGCUGCAGCAAUAAAAAAAUUAGAUGCUAGUACACAACCAGACCAAGAACUUUUGGCACAGAUUUCCAUGGUAUCCAGGCUGAAACAUGACCAUGUUGUUGAGCUCGUAGGUUAUUCUGUCGAUGCAAGUCUCCGUGUCCUUGCAUAUGAAUUUGCUACUAUGGGAUCUCUUCACGAUAUUCUACAUGGAAGGAAAGGUGUCAAAGGAGCACAACCAGGUCCAGUUCUAUCUUGGGCACAACGAGUAAAAAUUGCUGUAGGCGCAGCGAAGGGGCUUGAGUACUUACACGAGAAGGCGCAACCUCACAUCAUCCAUCGUGAUAUUAAGUCUAGCAAUGUGCUACUUUUCGACGACCAUGUUGCUAAAAUUGCUGAUUUCGAUCUGUCAAAUCAAGCUCCUGAUAUGGCAGCACGUCUUCAUUCGACGCGUGUUCUGGGAACCUUUGGUUAUCAUGCCCCAGAGUAUGCAAUGACUGGACAGCUUAGUUCGAAGAGUGAUGUUUACAGCUACGGGGUAGUACUACUGGAGCUCUUGACUGGUCGUAAACCUGUUGAUCAUACAUUACCAAGAGGGCAACAGAGUCUUGUAACAUGGGCCACACCAAGACUUAGUGAAGACAAGGUUAAACAAUGUGUUGACCAAAGACUAGGGGGAGAUUACCCCCCAAAAGCAGUUGCAAAGAUGGCUGCAGUAGCUGCUUUGUGCGUGCAAUACGAAUCUGAUUUUAGGCCAAACAUGAGCAUUGUUGUCAAAGCUCUCCAGCCAUUGUUAAAUGCUAGAACUGGACAGCUUGGUGAUGCACCAAGCUUGUGAAUCAUCUCCUUCUUUGACUUAUUGUUUGUCACACAUUAUAUAUUAAUGAAUUUUUUCCUAUAGCAGUAGGGUGUGGCUAUAGAUUGUAUACAAUCACCCCCCAUAGGCUUCCAUUAAUAAGAAACGUCUCAUUGGUUUGGCUUUUUUGCUAUAUAAUCUAUUCAUUUUUAACAUGUAA